GGGUUUAACGGCCUGUCGAUAGCUGGCCUAGAGGCCUUCAUCAAGGAGCAGGAACUAAUGGUGAUGUUUGAUGCAGAGACUGAGAGGGAAGGGCCAGGCCUCAGAGGCGAAGUGGGAAGCUGUGGAUGCCCACGGAAUAAUCUACCAGGUGCAUCCAUUCAAGAUUCUGGUAAGGACUGCGCAAGGAAUGUGGAUUUUUUAGUAGUGGUGGAUGUGUAAAUUUACACGAUGACACAAUAUUGUUCAAUGGCCCAUUAGUUCAAUACAGGAACUAAGUUCUUACAUCAACCUUGGCUUGUGAUAGAGUGGAUGUUUGCGUCAUGACCGCUUCCUGUUCUUCCCAGCAGUGUGUGUGUGCGUGUGUGUGUCUUACUGUGUGGACAGACAGACGGACAGAGUGUUGUGACUGAAAUCUGGGAAGCACAAUUCCGCCCCCAUCUUCCUCUCCAGACAUAGCUUGAAUGGUUCAUUUAUUGUGAAAUGCAGUUUUUUUUAUAUACUUUUUCCUACAAAAAGGAUUUGCUACUUUUCUUACUUGGUUUAAGUUCAGUUUCUGGCCCAGUCUAUGAAUGUGCAGUGUUUUCGAAUGUGGACAGCACAGAAGGUUAAGGUCCUCUAACUGGUAAGAUCUUGCCUGUUCCUUCCAUCUCCACACAUGGAAGAGCAGCAGUCUAUUGUAUGUCUCCAAUCCAGUGAAUGGCCUUAGAAAAAAAGGGGGAUCUCAUUGACUUCAUAUGGAAACUAUCUCCCACGACUUGACAUUGGAAUGAGCAUGUCCCUUUUAAUUGAAUCCAAAUUGCUGGGGCUUCCAUGUUUAAAGUCUGCUCAUUGUCUUGUCUGAAAGGAGACGUGUUUCAGAUGUGGGCCAGACUUUCAUGGUGAGCCGUCUGGCUCCCUCUCACUGACCAGACAGGUCUGA